AGGAUACGGGCGGCUAAGAACGGCAUGGCGUCUGCGGCGGACAAGAAGCAGGACGGGGGUGUCGACGACGAGAAGAAGCUGCGGGGCGCCCUGGAAGGAGCCAUCGUUUCGGAGAAGCCCAACGUCAAGUGGAGCGACGUGGCCGGGUUGGAGCAGGCGAAGAGCACGCUCAAGGAAGGGGUCAUCUUGCCUGCGAAGUUUCCGCAGCUUUUUGCGGGGAAGAGAAGGCCGUGGAAGGGUAUCUUGCUUUACGGGCCUCCCGGAACGGGUAAGUCUUGCCUCGCCAAGGCGGUGGCGACGGAAUGGCUAGUGCUGCAUCCUUUAUCAGACCCAGCGCUCUCUCAGCUACACCGUUGUAUUCUGGGCUGUGCGCGGGGGUGAACCCCUGUUUGAUGCAGUACUCCGGCACACCUU